AUGGCAUCACACGGUUUCUGGUCUCUCGGCGGAGAUAAUGCGGGGGCCAACACCGGCAAUCAGAGCCCGAGUACGCCCAGGGCUUGGUGCCAAGCGGCGGCCCAGAAAUUUUCCGGUGGAAUUGGAUCGAAAUUAUGUGCGCUGCUGAAUGUCGGGGAAGGGGAGAGACCCGCCGAGCCCGCCGCCAAGCAGCCGCCGGAGAGCGGCGGCGGCGGAACCUGCGGCAGCAACAAAUCCUGCGACUGCAGCAAGGGAGCCGUGGUCUUCUCCGACCUCUAUUCAACAGACCUGUUACCUGCCAUGGACGGAGACACCAAGACAAUGACCUUCCUGCAGGAAGUGGUGGAUAUUUUGUUGGCCUACAUCGUGGAGUCUUUCGACCGGGAAACGAAAGUGAUUGAUUUUCAUUACCCGAACGAGCUGCUGCAGAUGAAUAACUGGGAGCUGCAGCACGAUCCGGCCACCCUGGAUGAUAUCUUGAUCAGCUGUCGCGCCACCCUCAAAUACGCCAUUAAAACCGCCCACCCCAGGUACUUCAAUCAGCUCUCCACAGGAUUAGACAUGGUUGGGCUGGCAGCCGAUUGGCUCACGUCCACCGCCAACACCAACAUGUUCACCUAUGAGGUGGCUCCUGUCUUUGUGCUGCUGGAAUACGUCACUCUGAAGAAGAUGAGGGAGAUCAUUGGCUGGCCGGACGGGCGAGGAGAUGGCAUUUUUUCCCCCGGGGGUGCUAUUUCCAACAUGUACGCCAUGCUGCUGGCUCGCUUCAAGAUGUUCCCCGAGGUCAAAGAGAAAGGAAUGUCAUCUGUUCCCCGACUGGUGGCCUUCACAUCUGAACACAGCCAUUUUUCAAUCAAAAAAGGAGCCGCGGCCCUCGGCAUCGGGACUGAGAGCGUGAUCUGCAUCAAAGCAGAUGAAAGUGGUAAACUGAUCCCCGCUGACCUCGAGAGGAGAAUACUGGAGGCCAAACAGAAGGGCUUCGUGCCGUUCUUCGUGAGCGCCACCGCCGGGACGACCGUGUACGGAGCCUUCGACCCGCUCAUCGCCAUCUCCGACAUCUGCAAGAAGUACAACAUCUGGAUGCACGUGGACGGAGCGUGGGGAGAGAAUCUGCUCAUGUCGCGGAGACACAGGUGGAAGCUGGACGGCGUGGAGAGGGCCAACUCCGUCACGUGGAACCCGCACAAAAUGAUGUCGGUCCCGCUGCAGUGCUCCGCCCUGCUGGUCAGAGAAGAGGGUCUGAUGCAGAACUGCAACCAGAUGCACGCCUGCUACCUGUUCCAGCAGGACAAGCACUACGACCUGUCCUACGACACCGGGGACAAGGCACUGCAGUGCGGACGCCACGUGGACAUCUUCAAGCUGUGGCUCAUGUGGAGAGCCAAGGGAACCAUUGGCUUCGAAGCUCAGAUUGACAAGUGCUUGGAGCUGUCCGAGUAUCUCUACAACAAGAUCAAGGACAGAGAAGGAUAUGAGAUGGUCUUUGACGGGAAACCUCAGCACACCAACGUCUGCUUCUGGUACCUCCCCCCCGGGAUCCGCUACAUGGAGGACAAAGAGGAGAGGAAGAAACACUUGCACAAGGUGGCUCCGGUGAUAAAGGCCAGGAUGAUGGAGUACGGGACGACCAUGGUCAGCUACCAGCCGCAAGGGGACAAGGUCAACUUCUUCCGCAUGGUGAUCUCAAAUCCCGCCGCCACCUUCGAGGACAUCGACUUUCUUAUCGAGGAGAUCGAGCGACUUGGCCAAGAUCUAUAAGACUCAUCUCAGCAGAUCACCAGAUCCUCCUGUACUUUUCCUCUUGACGGAUGAAUUGUUUGUCGUGAAUGUACUGGUAAAACUUUUUUUUCUUCUUCUUCUUUUCUCUAUUAUCUCUCCUCCAAAGUCACAUAUUUAAGAGUAUAUUUGAGAAAAAGAUCUUACAGAAUAUAUCCAUAUAUUAUGUAUUGUAGCUUUGCCGUGGACUGACUGGGUCCAAAGCUAUGUAAAAGUGCUUCUGUCUGCCUUUCCUAUAGUGUAGUCCAGCCCAGAAUAGUGUAAGUGAUGUAACUUUAUAUGUACGUUUUUGUGAACUGAAACGCUUGUGCAGUAAGUGGAUGAGGAAGUUUAUUUUUGGGAUCAUUUCUCAUUUGCCGAGUAUGUCGUUAAGUGCCAAACGUGGUUGUGUUUCUCCUGUGACUUCAACAUUUUAAACUCCCGGUUUGAAAAACGAAAAAGCACUUCACCUUACCUCAGCUUAAUCGACUGCCUUUCGCACCCGCAUGCA